UUCUACUUUACCUCAUUAUCGUUCUUUCCAUUUCAUUUCGUUAACACACUGCAAUGGAACCCAAACUUCCCAAUGAAGGUUCUUCGUCUAACCCUGCAAUGGAACCGAAACAUCCCAAUGAAGAAACUUUUCAAAGGUUUGUAUAUGCUUACCUGAUGGAGAAAGGAUAUGAAAAGACUGCUGAGAUUUUCCGAAAUGAUACUCAAAUUUCUAUACCAAUGCCUGAUCUUAAUGAACCACCUGGAUUCUUGUCCGACUUCUGGAAUAUAUUCUACGAUACGUAUAACUCUAGAGCUAGGCAAAGAAACGAACAAACUUCUCCUCAGAAUCAGCAGCCCACCCCCAGUAAUGCUGGUUCCACGCAGAAUCAGGUUAUAGUGCAGCAGCGAAGCAACACUUCCACACAGAAUCAGGUUAUAGUGCAGCCCCCAAACAUUGGUCCUGUAAUCAACACUACUACUGCAUCAAUGAUUUCUAUUAAACACCAUUUAACUUUUCCAAGCGGUGGUGUGAAGCUUUUGUCCUGCGAUAUUUCAUCAGAUGGAAGGAUUGUAGCAAGUGGAGGGCAGGGCCCGCAUGGGAGGAAGCCUUUCAUUUGCUACACGGAAAAUCGUAUUGCUGUUACUGCAAAAGACACACAUACAGGUACAAUCACACAUGUUAGAUUUCAUCCAGAUUGUAAGCGGUUUGCAACCGCUUCGGCUGAUAGAACAGUAAAACUAUGGAAUGCAGCAACUCAUCAGACAGUGUUGCACCAUAUGAACCAUAGUGUACUUAGACAUAAAGGGGCUGUAAGAUCGUUGGACUUCCACCCAUUCGAUUAUAAAACUCUUUGCUCAUCCGACGAUACUGAAAUUAAAGUAUGGGAUGUCAAUACGUGCGUGACGUCGUACAGCUCUAAGGACGGUGGAGGAAUAGUUAGAGUUCAGCCUUUAUAUGGGAGACUUUUGGCAGUUGCUAAUGGAAAUGCUAUCACCAUACUUGAUUCUCGUAAUUUGGUUUUUGUGAGGAAACUUGAGGGACAUGUUAAAGACAUUAAGUCCAUGUGUUGGGAUGUCACUGGCCAAAUGAUUGCCUCUGUGAGUGAAGAUGAAGCACGUGUCUGGUCGGCGAGCGAUGGACAAUGCAUAGGUAGCUAUCCAUCUAAAGAGAGGAAGUUUCAGUCUGUCAUAUUUCAUCCUCGAUACCAUAAGGCCUUAGUUAUUGGUGGCCAUAAGUGUUUGUUAUCGUUGAACCUUGAGAGUAUGAGCGAAUGUACUACGCGUGACACUCAGUUCUCAAUUACUGCACUGGCAGCUGCCAAGGCGCAAAGUCAAUUCAUUGCAUCAGGUAGCGAUGAUGGUGUGGUGAAGAUUUGGAAAUGAUCAAGUUCUAGAAGUUCUAGUUACUGUCUCUUCUCUUCUGUUAGAUAUAAUCUUUCUGUAUAUGCCACUUGUAUGUCUUGUUGUUAGUCACAAAACUGAACAGAUUUCAAGCUCUGCAGUUUUGUAUUACACUUUUAC